AUGGAUAUCAAAAGUGAAAUCAGUUCUAGCGACGAUGAAUUCUGUUUUGAAAUAGUCCAGGACGAAAUCGAUCACAUACAUAACAAAACUAGUGAUAAAGAAUGCGAAAGUAGUGAUGAAGAUGAUGAAGUUGUAUUGGAUGUAAGGAAUCGAAGGAUCAGAAUGACAGACAGUGAUUCCGAAAGUGACAGUGACGCCCCACAACCCUCUGAUCAAUCGGAAUGGACACCUUGUGACGAAUCAAUGGAAAUACCACCUAGGAUAAAAUUCAUUCCCGGUGAAAGACCUGCAGGGCCACGGGUAUCCUCAAAUGUUGUAGAGCCUCUAGAUUUUUUCAAGUUGUUUUUUACCGAUAAGCUGGUGGAUCAGAUAGUAGCAGAUACGAAUCGCUAUGCUUCAAGAAAGUUAGAAGAAAUGGUGCUGUCGUCACGAUCAAUUUGGCGCACGUGGUAUAAUGUUACAAAAGCAGAAUUUUGGGCGUUUAUCGCAGUUAUAGUAAAUAUGGGGACAAUGACAGCGGCCAAUAUAAAAGAAUAUUGGUCAACAGACGCUACAAGCUACAUUCCAUUUUACCCGAAUACAUUUUCAAGAGAUCGGUUUACCCAAAUUUUUUGGAUGCUACAUACAGAGAUAGUUUCAGCGCAAGGUAGCUACACCAGAACACGUUUACAACUAAUAAAUGGCUACCUUGAUUACAUAAAUUCAAGUCUUUUGAACUAUUUCACACCGGGCAAAGAGAUUUGUGUCAAUGAGUCUAUUGUAAAAUCCAAAGGACGGGUCUCAUUUACUACAUAUAACUCAAAGAAACCGACCAAAUGGGGUAUCAACAUUUACAUACUGACAGAUUCUGGUACGGGAUAUAUUUGUGAAAUUCUACCGUACUAUGGCAGUCUGACAACACAAUUAUUAAUAAGACCGGACCUUCCAGUAUCAACAAGAAUUCCAUUGCAUUUAUACACAAUGCUAUUGAAUAGAGUUCCUGGUGCACAGGGACAUCAUAUGUUUACUGACCGGUAUUACACUAGCUACAUUUUGGCGAAUGAAUUACUUAAACUGAAGUGUCAUUUGACUGGGAUCUUGCCUAAUAGAAAAGGGUUGCCAGAUGUGAUUAAAAAAAAACAACUUCCUAAAGGAAAACCGAUGGUAGCCUACCGCAGAAUUGAUAAUUUGGUUCUAGCGUGGAAAGAUAAGAGAAUUGUUACUGUAUUGACAAAUUUUCAUAAUGCGGCAAUGAGUGACGUAGAAAGAACACUCCGGCAUGGUGUUCAAACAGUUGUUAGAAAGCCCGAUGUUGUCAUUAAUUACCUAAAAUCCAUGGGCGGCAUUGACCUGGCCGAUCAGUAUGCCUCCACAUACUGCUUUAUGCGAAAACCAUCGAAGUGGUGGCGCAUGCUAUUUUUUUGGGGACUAGAAAUUUGCUUAAUUAAUUCUUAUAUUCUGUACAAGCUAGUCAAAAGGCAGAGAAACGAACAGCCACUUAACCACUUACAAUUCCGAAAAAUGUUAGUAAAGCAGUUGAAAGGAGAUUUUCAACAGCCGCGAAGACCUUCAACAUCGACGUCCAACUCGGAUGAGAUUCGGCUCAAUGGAAAGCUCCACGUAAUGCUUAGUGGUACAAAAAGGGAUUGCAAGGUUUGUUCUAUCCGAAACACACCAGGUGGAAGACGCGAGACGAGCUCUUAUUGUGAUACAUGUCCAGACAAACCAAGAAUGCAUCUUGGUCAAUGUUUUAUAAAUUAUCACUCGAAAGUAAAAUACAGAGAUUAA